AUGUGUUCUCAUGUUGCCCCAGACUUUUGGCCAGAGCAGCAUAUAAAACAUCCUUUCCAAAAAGUGACACUGAGAAGAUAUAAAAACUGUGGACAUAAAAAUGUACAUUUAAAAAAAGACUGUAAAAGUGUGGAUGAGUGUAAGGUGCGCAGAGGAGGUUAUAAUGGAUUUAACCAAUGUUUGCCAGCUACCCAGAGCAACAUAUUUCUAUUUGACAAAUGUGUGAAAACCUUUCAUGAAUUUUCAAAUUCAAACAAACAUAAGAUAAGCCAUACUGAAAGAAAACUUUUCAAAUGCAAAGAAUGUGACAAAUCAUUUUGCAUGCUUUCACAGCUAACUCAACAUAAAAUAAUUCAUACCAGAGUGAAUUUCUGCAAAUGUGAAAAAUAUGGAAAAGCUUUUAACUGGCCUUCAAUCAUCACUAAACGUAAGAGAAUUAAUACUGGAGAGAAACCCUAUACAUGUGAAGAAUGUGGCAAAGUCUUUAACUGGUCCUCACACCUUACUACACAUAAAAAAAUUUAUGCUAGAUACAAACUCUACAAAUGUGAAGAAUGUGGCAAAGCUUUUAACAAGUCCUCAGUCCUUACUACUCAUAAGAUAAUUCGCACUGGAAAGAAGUUCUACAAAUGUAAAGAAUGUGCCAAAACUUUUAACCAAUCCUCAAACCUUAGUGAACAUAAGAAAAUUCAUCCUAGGGAGAGACCUUACAAAUGUGAAGAAUGUGGGAAAGCCUUUAAUUGGCCCUCAACUCUUACUAAACAUAAGAGAAUUCAUACUGGAGAGAAACCCUACACAUGUGAAGAAUGUGGCAAAGCCUUUAACCAGUUCUCAAACCUUACUACACAUAAGAGAAUCCAUACUGCAGAGAAAUUCUACAAAUGUACAGAAUGUGGUGAAGCUUUUAGCCGCUCCUCAAACCUUACUAAACAUAAGAAAAUUCAUACUGAAAAGAAACCCUACAAAUGUGAAGAAUGUGGCAAAGCUUUUAAGUGGUCCUCAAAGCUUACUGAACAUAAGUUAACUCAUACAGGAGAGAAACCCUACAAAUGUGAAGAAUGUGGGAAAGCCUUUAACUGGCCCUCAACCCUUACUAAACAUAACAGAAUUCAUACUGGAGAGAAACCCUACAAAUGUGAAGUAUGUGGCAAAGCCUUUAACCAGUUCUCAAACCUUACUACACAUAAGAGAAUUCAUACUGCAGAGAAACCCUACAAAUGUGAAGAAUGUGGCAAAGCUUUUAGCCGGUCCUCAAACCUUAGUAAACAUAGGAAAAUUCACAUUGAAAAGAAACCCUACAAAUGUGAAGAAUGUGGUAAAGCUUUUAAGUGGUCCUCAAAGCUUACUGAACAUAAGAUAACUCAUAGUGGAGAGAAACCCUACAAAUGUGAAGAAUGUGGAAAAGCUUUUAACCAUUUCUCAAUCCUUACCAAACAUAAGAGGAUUCAUACUGGAGAGAAACCCUACAAGUGUGAAGAAUGUGGCAAAGCUUUUACCCAAUCCUCAAACCUUACUACACAUAAGAAAAUUCAUACUGGAGAGAAAUUCUACAAAUGCGAAGAAUGUGGCAAAGCUUUUACCCAAUCUUCAAACCUUACUACACAUAAAAAAAUUCAUACUGGAGGAAAACCCUACAAAUGUGAGGAAUGUGGUAAAGCUUUUAACCAGUUCUCAACUCUUACUAAACAUAAGAUAAUUCACACUGAGGAGAAACCCUACAAGUGUGAAAAAUGUGGCAAAGCCUUUAAGUGGUCUUCAACCCUUACUAAACAUAAGAUAAUUCAUACUGGAGAGAAACCCUACAAAUGUGAAGAAUGUGGCAAAGCUUUUAAACUGUCUUCAACCCUUUCUACACAUAAGAUUAUUCAUACUGGAGAGAAACCCUACAAAUGUGAAAAGUGUGGCAAAGCUUUUAACCGAUCCUCAAACCUUAUUGAACAUAAGAAAAUUCAUACUGGAAAGCAACCCUACAAAUGUGAAGAAUGUGGCAAAGCAUUUAACUAUUCCUCACACCUUAAUACACACAAGAGAAUUCAUACUAAAGAACAACCCUACAAAUGUAAAGAAUGUGGCAAAGCUUUCAACCAAUAUUCAAACCUUACUACACAUAACAAAAUUCAUACUGGAGAGAAACUCUACAAACCUGAAGAUGUGACAGUGAUUUUGACAACACCUCAAACUUUUUAAAACAUAAAAUUAAUUAUACUGGUGAGAAAUUCUAGAAAUGUAAAGAAUGUGACAAAGCCUCUACAUGGUUGUCACACUUGAUUGUAGGUAAGAUAAUUUAUAUUGGAGUAAACUUCUACAAGUAUGAAGAAUGUGGCAGAACUUUUAAUUAAUGCUAAUACGUUAUUGCACAGGAAAUAAUUUUUACUUGGGAAAAGGUGUAUACACAAAGAAUGUGGAAAAGCCAUUAAUAUCUGCUCAUAUCUUACUCAACAUCAGAGAGUCGGUACUUAAUAAAACCAUUAUAGAUGCAAGUAGUGUCAAAAGAUCUUUCAGAAAAUAUAAGCCUUUAAAGUGAAGAAGAGAAUUCAUUCUGAAGACAAGCAUUACAAAUACAAAGAGGGUUGUAGUAUACCAUUACGUGUAUCACAGAUCUUAUUGUACACAUUUUGUACUAAAGAAAACUCUGAAGCAGUUGCUCAAAUAUUGUUCAACAUCAGAAAAUUUAUAUUGGAAAAACCUGGAAAAUGUAAUAAAUUUGUAAAAACAGUUUUGAAAAACUACAGCUUAUAAAACAUGAGGGUUUAUAGUACUUGGUUGAUAGUACAAAGUUUGUUCAACAUCAGGGAAUUUAUAUUGCAGAGAAACCAUACAAAUGUAAUCAGUUUGGAAAAACAUUUUUUCAAAAACCACAGCAUAGAAAACACCAGAGGGUUCAUACUAAAAUAUAUUUUUGCAGAUGCAGUAAAUAUGAAAAAAAUUUAAUCCUAAAUUAAGUUUGUGUAAACAUCUGAGAAUUCACAGUGGAAAUAUCUAAGGCAUGGACACUUCAGAUGUUACACUAAAUCAGUGCUAAGUACAGAAAACAACCCAAAAUAAAACUUGGUGGAUAAAUUGUAUAUAACAUUAAAAAAGUAGAAAAUUUUCAGAGUUAUAACUACAUUUAAAGUAUACUUUUAUCUUGAGAAAAUUACUGAUUUUUGAAUUAGUGAAUAAUGACGUAAUUAAACUCUCAAAUAACU